GAAUAAUUCAUGAGGUGAUCGUUCACAGUUGGCGCGCGUCCCCGCUGCUGUGAAUCAAGAUGGCGGCCGCCGCCGGAUCAGGCGUGAAAGUCCCCCGUAACUUCCGGCUGCUGGAGGAGCUUGAGGAGGGUCAGAAGGGUGUUGGAGAUGGGACGGUGAGCUGGGGUUUGGAAGACGAUGAGGACAUGACCCUCACACGCUGGAGAGGAAUGAUCAUAGGACCCCCUAGGACCAUCUAUGAGAACAGGAUGUACAGCCUGAGAGUUGAAUGUGGACCAAGAUAUCCAGAAACGCCACCUUUUGUUCGUUUUGUGACGAAGAUCAACUUGAAUGGAGUGCAUAACUCAAAUGGUGUGGUUGACAUGCGAGCUGUAUCCUCGCUGGCCAAGUGGCAGAAUUCAUACAGCAUCCGUGUGGUCCUGCAGGAGCUGCGACGACUCAUGAUGUGCAAAGAAAACAUGAAGCUGCCGCAGCCUCCCGAAGGACAGAUCUACAGCAACUGAGCUCAGACCUUCUCCUUCUCCUUCAUCUUCUCUACCUUCAUCCAGAAAGCAUUCCUUCUCCUCCUUUUUUCUGGACUCAUGAGAUAUCCUCUCUGAUCUCCUCUCUGUUCCUGACCACUCCCCAUGCGCUGCAGCAACCAAUGAGCAGCCCUGCUUCAGGAGCUCCCAUUGGACAGAAACGAUGGAUGUAGUGGUGUGCACAGCAGAAUACUGUACAUCAUUCUAAUCUUUUUUUAAAUGUUUAUUUGUUAUACAUGCAAAUUGUAAAAAUAACAAAUGAUCUUAUUGAGUGUAAUCUGUGUGCCCUCAUUUGAGAAAAGUGUUGAGUGGAAAAUUGCGCUACCAUGUUAACAUGCUGUGUGGUGGGAAUAAGAUAUCACUUUCCUUCUUU